GCAGGAUUGGUGCCUGGGCACCAAUCGCCCACAUAGUGUCAGGAAAAGACAAGGCAGACCAUCGUGCAGUAUGUCACUGAUCGAAAUGAGACCAAGCAAAUGCCCCGCGUCUCCCGCACGUACUCACCUUUUGCCCUUCCCCCGACCCCUCCCCACCUUACCCUCCCCGUCGCCCACACCCGCCAGACCCAACUCUACUGUCUUCAUCGGCUUCAUCGCAACAGGCGCCCCCUCUUGACCAGCCGGCACAACUGCCGGCCCGGCUCCUGCCCCUGCCGCUGCGGCGGGAGCACCUGCUUCUGCUGCUGAUGGUGGUGGAUGUGCUGGCUCCUCCUCUGCCUUGGGCCGGGCAGCCGGUGGGGCAGUGGGUCGUGUUCUCGCGGCUCCCUUGCUCUUAGGUCUUGCCGCCUCCUUGGCACCUGGGCGGGCACCGCCCGACGACUUGGGCCGCGACGCGGCCGCUGAAGGGAAGAAGAGACGAGACCGAUCCUGAGAUCCUUUGAAUCUGUCGCUUCGUUUAUGUGCUUCAAGUGGACCUGCCGCUGUUGCAGCGGCUGCAGCCGCUUGUUCCUCCUCCUGUUUGCGCGCAGCGACGGACGCCACGAAGGUGUCCAGGUUUUUCUGUCGACAGCAAGACAUGACCGACGUGGUGUAUGUGUAGUUGGGAGGCAUCUGCGUGCUCUCACUUGUGCAGCGAGCAUGAGCUGCUGUGAUCCGUCUCUGGACCGCUCCGCCGAGAGGAUGUCCUCCUUCAACAGCGCCAUUUCUCCCUGUGCCUGCUCCUCAAAUGCCUUCAAACCGUUCUCGGCACGCAUCAUAAUCCCCUGCUGCACUCACAGAACACAACACGCAACACACAACACAAAACAGGCGGUGUCGGGAGAAGAUGUGUCGCAGACUGACCUGUUUGACGCACUGCUGCUUGAGGCUGCCGAGCCGGUCCUCCAUGAUGCGCUUCUCCUGCUCCAUCUCGGCCUUGAGCUGACGGAAGAAGAAAUGAUGGGCGCAUGAUGCAUCCAUAGCUGGUUCUGUCAGGGUGGAGCACCUGUCUGAUGCUGGUGUCGACUUCGUGGAUCUCCUGCUCAGUUAUUUGUUUCUGGCGCUGGAGCUCUGCCAACUGCAUGGCCGUAUAGAGGAGGCAGGCAGAGAUCAUGACGACAGGCUGAGACAUCUUCUAGUGGUGUGUGUGUCGUUAACCUGAGCUUCCAGCUGCUUGACGCGCUCCUUCUCCAGCCUGACACACCGGCACGCCAGCCAUCGCGGCACCUCUGUGUCUCUCUCAGGUACGUGAGGAGAGGUGCGCGUACACGAGUGUGUCUUCGAGGUCUCUUCUCGCCUUGACCUCCUCGACCUGACUCACCUCCUUCAGCCGCCUCACCUAAAACACAACACAUACACACACCUGAGUCGUCUGACUGCUGUGAUAUGUAGUCAGUGUGUGUACCUCUGUCACUCUCUUCUGUGCCUCUUCGAGCAUGGCCUCCUUCUCCUUGAGCGUCUCGAUCUGCUGCCGAUACACCUCGGGCAAACGGUCACGCUGCUGCUUCACAUUGCGCUCCAGCGCCUUCCUAUACACACCACAACACACCACAACACACAACGCAGCGCAAGACACAGCAGACACGGAGAGGCGUAACAGGAUGGCCAGUUGUUGGUUGGUUGGUUUGUUGGUUGUUCACUUGAUGGUCAUGAGAUAUCUGAAGUCCAUGGCAUUGAGCUCCAGGACGAUCUUGCGGAGUAUGAAGUUGACCUGCAGCAGCUCAGCCAGCGCACGACCGCUGUCGUCACUGCAUACACGCGUACGCAAAAAAAAAGAGACAUGCGUGUACAUACAUGGCGUCCACCUGCCUGCCUGACAUACCCCAAGUCGUUGUCUCGGAGGCUGAGAACCUCCAUGCACGUGUUGCUCUGCAGCGCCUUUGCCAACGCACAGCCCCCCGCAUCCUGGUGCAGCAGGGCAGCAUGUCUGUGCCAUGUCUCACCCGAGCGAUCUCUGCCUACCUUAAUUCUGUUGCCGCUGAGGUCGAGGGACUUCAGCGAUGCAUUAGACGAUAACGCACCCGCGAGGGCUGAAAGAAGGCACAAAGACCUCUGCGUCCCUCACCCCUUUCUCUCUCCCUCUCUCCCUCUGUGUAUGUGUCUGUCAGGCGCCUACCCAUUGCUCCAUCGUUCUCGAAAGCGCAAUACCGCAGGUCGAGGCGCUCCAACGUUCUGACACAUAUCGUCAGGCGUGCUCUUCCGCUGUGUCUCCUCCCUCCCCCCCCUGAAGUGCUACUUGUUCUGCUGGAGUGCUUCAGCGAGUUCGGCCAUGCCGCUGGCCAUGAGGUUGGUGUACCCCAGGUUGAGAAAGCGGAUGGUGGCAUUGUCCCACAGCGCACGCAAAAACUCGUAGAUCCGGGAGGCCUGGGACCCAGUGCCGCCGCCCAGGUCGUUCCUCUCAAGAUUCAACUCCGUCAGGCUGCCCUUGCCAUGCAUCACACACAUAAACAAUGAGAAGCAAAUGUCCACGAAUGUCUCUAUAUGACAUGCGCUCAUACCAUGGAUGCCUUCUGGCCACGUCGUAUAGCUUUGCGGCCACGCUGUGCGACAGACCAUUUGAACUAAUGUCGAGUUUCUGGAACAGAACAAAACAUGAAGGGCACACAUACAUACGAGACAUGCAGGAACGAGUGUAGUGUGCGGAGGUGACCUUGAUAGGCGGCUUCUUCCCCUCACACGCCAUAGCCUAUCACAAGCAACAAAUAAAGACACGCCGGACCUUUCACACACAGAAUCCUAUCCCUGAGCCUGACCCACCAGCAGUAGUGCCGUGGCGCCCUCAUCCAUGGCCUCAUUGUCGCUCAGCAACAGAAUCUCCAGCCCACUCCGCGGCAGCACACGUGCCAACGCCUCGAAGCCCGCUGGCCCCAGCAUGUUCGAACUCAGGUCGAGGAAUACCAGAGUGGUGUUGCCCUGCAGGCCCUCUGCGAGGUGGUUUGCGCCGUCGGGCCCGAUGGUGUUGGACGAGAGGUUGAGGCGGGCCAGCGUGCGAUUGGUCUGCAGUACGGCCUUGAGAGGCUCCGCGCCGAUGGCGCCAAUGUGAUUGCGAUGGAGGCCCGCUAUGCUCGACAGAUCCAUUGACGUGAGGGUGCUAUUACGCUGCAGGGCGCUGGGAAAUGGGUGAAGAGACAGAGAGAGAGAGAGAGAGAGACGCGCUUUACUGGUGUGCGUGUGCGUGUCGUAGCGACAAGUGUGCGUGUCUCCUCACUUGAAGAGCGCCGAUCCUCCCCUGUGUCCGAUGUCGUUGCUGGAAACGUCAAGAUGGGUCAGUCUCACGUUGCCCUCCAGCAUCUGCCCCAGUAUGGCCGCCCCCUCAUCAUGCAGCUGAUUCUUUCCCACAUCCAACGACUCAAACCCCUCAAACGCCUCAGCAGACCCCUCGGCAGCCACCGCCGUUUCGGUCUCUUCCGUUCCUUCCACAGCCGCCGCCUUCCUCCCCCCUCCCCUGCUGCGUGGCUUCCUGCCGUUAGAGCUCGGCAGCAGCAGGGCCAACGCAAGCGCCUUUGCGAACUCUGGCCCGCACCCUUGGUCUUUGAGCACGAUGUGCGGGGUGCGCAUGGCGCCGGCCAGCCCAUCAGCAAACUUCCUCUUGCGGUCCUCUGUGACGGGGAUGCGCAGGUCGGUGCACUUGGCCACAAAGAGGGCUGAUAUGAGUACGUCCGGGAGGUGGAUCAGCUGGCUCAGGGACUGCCCGCCCUUGACUGUCCACUGCAACACACAUACGGACAGAGAGAAGGUGGUGGGGCCGACCAGUGGGUGCAUGGUGAACACACGCAGAGAGGCACAUACGUGCUCAACGAAUCCAUUGAAACACCUGAUGGACAAACAGUGAUUGCAAUGGUGAUUCUUGUGUGCCUGAUCUACCGGGCUGUCUGGUCUGCCUGGCUGACCUCAUGAGUGUUUUCAUCAUGGCGGCCACAUCGAUAGGACUGUCCAGGAAAGAGCGCUCCGUCAGCGGCGCCUCCCCUUCCCUGUCCCCGCUGUGACGCGACGCUGCGCUUGGCGGCCUGGCUCUCACUGCCGCGGCCGCUAGAGCGCCGUGAUACUCACUCUUUGCUCGUGGCCGUCUCUGUGCGGGCGGCGUGGCCAUGGGGAUUGGGACCUGAUGCUCCACACACAGUUCAUUUCAUGAGAGACCGACAGACUCUGCCUGCCGCUGCGCUAUGAGUUAUGUAUUCACCUGAUGCUCCUGACUGUCUUCCUGCAGAACCACCUGACGCAUUCCCUCACUCGUCCUGGCGAAAGUUGAUGGCGACGCAGUGGCGUGGCGACCUGGACGCCGGGCAUCCAUCGUUAAUGCAGCGGAGAAAAGAUGGCGUCG